UUGAACUCAGAACUCGUCAGGAUCCUCCGUUCUCUCGUUAUAGAUAACAAAACCUGUCUGUUAAGUUGAACGCUUGCACGCGAGCACAGAAGGCCGACACUUAAAAUGGGGAGUCUCCUCCUCAACCUCAGGUUCUGUAAACCCCUAAGCUCGGUUCGAUUCUCUCUACUCCCAUUCUCAAACUCAUUUCAAAAAGUUCAACUCAAACCUCUUAAACCCAACAAGCCUCGCUUGUUUCGUUGUUUCGGCUCAUCCCAACCUGUAAUUGAUAAUAAAACUUUCACCAAAACCGACGGUGAUAAGUCGGCCACUCCAUCAUCUCAGCUCUGGCUCUACAACACCAUGACUAGAAAAAAAGAGUUGUUUAAAUCCAAAGUUGAGGGUAAAAUAGGCAUGUAUGUCUGUGGUGUCACAGCAUACGAUCUCAGCCACAUUGGCCAUGCGCGUGUUUAUGUCACUUUCGACGUUCUCUACAGAUAUCUUAAGCAUCUGGGAUAUCAAGUUUGUUAUGUUCGAAAUUUCACCGAUGUUGAUGACAAGAUCAUUGCUCGAGCAAAUGAAUUGGGGGAGGAUCCAAUCAGUUUGAGUAGACGUUACUGUCAAGAGUUCCAUCAAGAUAUGGAGUAUCUUCAUUGCUUGCCCCCUUCUGUUGAACCACGUGUCUCUGAUCAUAUGCCCCAAAUCAUUGACAUGAUCAAGCAGAUUAUUGAUAAUGGGUUUGCCUAUAGCGUUGAUGGGGAUGUUUACUUCUCGGUAGACAAAUUCCCUGAAUAUGGAAAAUUAUCUGGGAGAAAAUUAGAAGAUAAUCGAGCUGGUGAGCGGGUUGCUGUAGACUCAAGAAAGAAAAAUCCUGCAGAUUUUGCUUUAUGGAAGUCUGCUAAGGAGGGGGAGCCCUUUUGGGAGAGUCCAUGGGGACCUGGAAGACCUGGAUGGCAUAUUGAGUGCAGUGCCAUGAGUGCUGCUUAUCUAGGUUAUUCUUUUGACAUACAUGGUGGAGGGAUGGACCUUGUGUUCCCCCACCAUGAAAAUGAAAUUGCUCAGAGUUGUGCUGCAUGUAAUCAUAGUAAUAUAAGUUAUUGGAUACACAAUGGCUUUGUCACUAUUGACUCAGAAAAAAUGUCCAAGUCCCUUGGAAACUUCUUCACAAUUAGACAGGUUAUAGAAUUGUACCAUCCUCUUGCUUUGAGACUUUUCUUAAUUGGAACCCACUAUCAAUCUCCAAUCAACUACUCUGUUCUGCAACUUGAAAGUGCUUCUGAGCGUAUUUUCUACAUCUAUCAGACACUAUAUGACUGUGAAUGUGUUCUGAGCCAGCAUGAUGUAGCAAUUGGAAAGGAUUCAGUUCCGCCUGACACUGUCAAUAGCAUUGUUAAAUUCCAUAAUGAUUUUGUGGCCUCAAUGUCAGAUGAUCUUCACACUUCUGUUGUUUUGGCUGCAUUAUCUGACCCAUUAAAAACCAUCAACGAUCUGCUGCACACACGUAAGGGGAAGAAGCAAGCAAAGCGACUAGAAUCACUUACUGCUCUUGAAAAGACAAUCAGGAAUGUUCUUACUGUCCUAGGAUUGAUGCCCACAAGUUACUCUGAGGUGUUGCAACAACUCAGGGAAAAGGCACUGAAGCGAGCCAAGUUAACUGAAGAUCAUGUUUUGCUAAAAAUUGAAGAAAGAAAUGUGGCGAGAAAGAACAAAGAUUAUGAAAAAUCUGAUGCAAUUAGGAAAGAUUUAGCUGCUGUGGGAGUUGCUCUUAUGGACAGUCCAGAGGGCACAGCUUGGAGACCAGCUCUUCCGCUUGCAUUCCAAGAGCAGCAAGUAGCUACAAGUUGAAUGGAUUCUGGAAUUAGUUACGAUGUUGUCGUUUCCGCUGUGCUCCGUACUCAAAGAUUUGGUGAAUGCAUUUUUCUCCUAAACAAAUUUAGGAAGUGAGUUUUGCAAUUGUUGAGAGUAGGUUUAUGUCCAAUCAAGACAGUUAUACUUCAAGUUCAUUUGAAAACAGAGACAAGGCUAUGAUGAGAACUUUUAGUGAGGCAGAAUUUCGGUGACAAUGUAAUUAUACACUCUUCAACUGGCUAUGGAAUUGACAAAUAGAUUUUCAGUGACUUCUA